UAUCUCAUCCCGAAGAGACUUCAUUUGAAAGUGUAUCAGCUAAUAAUAUCUCACCAGAAACUAAGAUCUCAUCCACACCUCAGGUAAGUAUACAAACCCAUGAUCGUGCUUAUUUUCGUAAUAAAAUAUUGGAUCGAUAUUCUGAUAUAUAUAAAGAAUUUAGUAGUGAAAAAUUCGAUUAUUAUGGAAUUAUUGACAAGUCAUUAUGUCCAGCAUGCAAGUCAAGUCAUAGAGAUGAGAAAAGUAUAAGAGGUAGAUAUGAAGCUGGAUCUUAUUUUAUUAAAUGUGGACAACAAGAAAUUGAAAUAACUGCUACCGGUGGUGAUAACGCAGAGCAAGCAUCUCUUAACCAAGAUCAAGAAUCUGAUACUGAGUGCUCUACUUCUGAAAAGAUACCGGAGGAUCUUUCCAUUCUCUGUAAAAAAAGAUCUGAAGAAACGGACGAUUUUCCAACUCCUGAAACCAGCGAAAGAAUCAUAAAUGCUCCAUCGGCUUUGGAAUCAACUGAGGUAAGCGAAUUAAUUGCACCUAUUCCUAUUAUACAUGGCUCUAAUUCUUUAGGUAAUUCAUCAUUCACGCCUCAAAUCGCUCCAGCUGAGUCAGAGAAAGGGACUAAUGAAGUUCAGAUAGUCGAUGAUAGUGAUUGUAGCCACGACAAUGAUUCUGAAGAAGAGAGGCUAGAUGAAUCGGAUGAUGACAGAUAUAAUGGGUACGAUAGAUAUGAUGAAUAUGGUGGAUGCGAUAGAGGCUAUUAUUAUCGUGACGGAGAAUACAAAAGAAAAAGCUCACCGAUGAUGAGUCCUAUUAUCUCACCAGUAACCGCCUAG